AUCCACGAGCCACAGGGCUUGUUUUUAUUCUAAGAGACUGUCCCCUAAAUUCUGCCCGACAUCUCCCGCCCGUGUGGUGGGUUUCCAUGCUUUGCCACCAUGUGGGCUCUGACAGUCCUGCUGCUUCUCCUGGCCUCAGCAGAGCUUUCAUCCUCAGUGAGCCCUGCAGAUUGUGAGGCGGUUGGGCUCAAGGCUGGGGAAAUCCUGAAUCAGAUCAAUGAAAAGCGAAGGGACGGCUACCAGUUCCAGCUGUUACGCGUUGCUGAUGCCCACACUGAUGCACCCGAGGAGGAAUCUGCAGUUAUCCACUAUUUGGUCCUGGAUGUGAAAGAAUCAGACUGCUCUGUCCUGUCUAGGACACCCGUGGAGAAUUGCCAACCAAAAGGUGGCAAACGGCCCACUGACACUGUCAUCGGGAAAUGCAAAGUGGUGGCCAUCAGCCACCCAAACACCACCUAUUACCCGGAGCAUGAUAAGGUGAUUGAGUUCAACUGUACCACAAGCUCUGUUUCUUCUGCACUAACCAACCCCACAUCUGAGACUGUGAUUAUUGACUACUUUGAAAAUCCAGAACAAUAUAAGGAGCAGGCAGAGAAAGCCCUCAAGCGGUACCAGGAGGCUAAUGCCAGUGUCUCCUCUUUCCAGCUGUUGAAGGUUGAGAGAGCUCUGGAGGAGAGGGGAGGAGAAAGUACCACUUUGUACUUGGAUUUUAGCAUAAGGAACCACUCUGAAGAAGCCCCACCUCCGCCUCCACCACCGCCUCACCACUUCUCUGGGCCAGAAGGCCGGCCUCCGCCUCCUCACUUUUUCAGAAGCUGUCCGGUCUUUGGAUUUUGCUGGGCAGCUCUUGUGUACGAUGUGAAGAAUUCGGACUUGAACAAACCAGAUGAUCUGCAUGUAAACUGUGAAAUUUUCAAGGAGGACCCCAAUUUCAGCAGUGGACGACACCACCGUUUUGGUGGGCAUGGGCACCAUCCUCCUAGAGGCCCACCUCCAUCACAUGGACAUGUGGGUCACGGAAGCCGAAAACCUCCUCACCCUGAUCAUUCACAUGAGCACAGAGGGCCACCUCCUACCCACCCUCCUUCUUUGGAAGAGAAAGAGCCUAAGGCAGGGCCACAGAAGAGUUCUGAUAAUUCUCCUGUCAGAGAUGAACCAGAUCUCCAUCAUCCUGAAGGAACUCAUCCCUCCUUUGCCCAUGCUGACCACCAUAGGUCUGAUCCUCACAAGCCAUGUCCUCUUGGUCCUGGUCCACAUAAGUAUGGUUCUCAAGGUCAUGGUCGUCAUGGUCAUGGUCCUCAUGGUCAUGGUCGUCAUGGUCAUCAUCGCCAUGGUCCCCACGGCCACGGUCCAUGUGGGCAUGGGCCUCCACCUGGGCAUACAGAACAAGAUGUUCACAGACUUCCUCCACUAAAGAAUGGUGAAGUCCUUCCUUUGCCUGAAAUCAGUAUUCCUGGUCAAGGUCCAUGCCCAGAAAAACAACACCCUCCAAAACCAGAAAUUCAGCCCUUCCCACAGACAUCUUCAGAGUCCUGUCCAGGGAGCCUCAAGUUUGAAUCUCCACAACUUUUGCCAUUUUUGGAACAUAAGAUUUAAAAUGAUCAGCUGAUUUUCACAAGGGAAAAAACCAAAAGAGUCAGGUGUGCUGAGUCAGAAAUAAAAGAGAAUCAUUGUAAAAUUCUAA